AUGUCUCUGAAAAGUCUUCUCUCGUAUGCACUGCUUCUCGCAGCCGCCAUUUCACACCCAGCUCGGGCGCAGUCGGGUGAUGGAGCAGCGUCGACAGCCUCGAACGGAUGUACCCAGGGGAAUGCCUUUGAGAAUCCAGCCUUUGAAACCGGCGAUUUGACGGGCUGGACUGCAGCACUCGAUACAGGAGCUGAUGUGAAUGGUGAAGUAGUCGAGGAUGCUGAGUAUGGAGGCUACUACUACGAGGUUGCGACUACAAAUUCUUGGGGAUAUAUAGAACAAGCUGUGUCCGGGCUGGAUCUAAGCCAAACUUACUACCCGUCGGUCGAGUACAAGCUCGUGGUCGAUGGUGAACCUGAAGUUGAGGCUCUUGUGCAAUUCUGCGUUUUGGGAUGGUCUCAGAGCACCUGGAGCAACUUUAUUGGGAGAGAUUACAUUACUCCGUCUUCCUACGGCUCCAAUCCCGACUGGUCUUAUCUCUCGACCUCAUGGCAGCCAACUGCCGAAAGCGAAUCCGUCUUCUUCAUCUGGAACUGCCAGACAAGCGACGUGACCCUCAGUCUUGACAACUUUGAGCUAUCAGUUGCAGUCUGCCCUUCAUCCACCGCAACCACAACCACGACUACUACGGCCACAUUGUCUCUGAGCUCAAGAACCCCAGUCCUUAGCUCAAGUGCAGUCAGCUCACAAUAUGUGUCAUUGCCAUUGGCUUCGCCAAGCUCCACACUCUCCAGCAGCUCCGCAGUCACUAGCACCUCAACGAGCAUUCUAUCUUCCUCGGCUUCAAUGAGGGCAUCUUCGUCCACAUCAUCUAGCCCUUCAUCUCUUCAAGUCCUUUCGAGCGUGGGCUCUCGAACACUGGUCUACUCCGGAUCCUCUUCGAAAACCCUCGGCUCAGGUUCGAUGGUUACUAUCCCUGCUCAGCAGACGACACCUCCGCCCCUGACAACGUCUACUGUCUUGUCUACCCGCACGUCGACCGUCACUGCCUGUCCUUCAGCGCAGCCCAACUGCCCUGCUCGGUCCCGCACUACCUCUGUCAUGACUGAGACGGUGAUUGCAUAUACAACUGUAUGCCCUGUGAGCCCUAUAAAAGGUGAUCAUCCAUUCCCCACUGAGACAACAUCGAGUAUCUUCUCCACUCGGACGGAGACUAUCACGCGCUGUCCUAGACACAUGGAGCACUGUCCACUACCCCAGAGAAAGACCUCAGUCAUUACUGAGAUAGUGCUGGUGUCAACAAGUGUUUUACCUGUGCAGCCGACAUACAUUAUUACCCAUAAUAUCACCCAUACAGCCCAUGUCACCGAGACAAGGACGGCGUUCGUCACCGUUUGUCCGGCACCUUGA